AUGCAAGCUGCUGUAGCGACAGGGUUCUAUAAUGUGCUUGUUACCAAGGCACUUAUCUUGUGGAUAGGUGGCUGCUCAGUGGUAGCUGCAAUAUUUCAACAAAAGAUGCUUUUACAUCUCCAACUUCGCCCCCAUCUAACUGUUCAUCAUCAAUUUUGGCGAUUAUUGACCUCCCAUUGCGCAUUUACCAAUUCCGGGGACUUAUUCUAUGGAAUGCUACUCUUAUAUGCUAUGCAAGUAGUUGAGCGAAAUUUUGGCUCUGCAAAAUAUGCAGCCUUUGUGUUUGUAGCUUUAGGUUUAACUAGCUUACUCGAAGUUGGGGCAUUGGUACUCGGCAAAGCUUUGGGAUUAAAGCGUAUUCCCGGGGGACCAUAUGCACUAUUGUUUGCUAUGCUAUACCAGUAUCACCGUAUUGUGCCAGUCGUUUAUCGCUUACGGGUGUUUGGCUUGAGCCUCAAUAAUAAGAUGAUUAUUUAUCUUCUGGCUGUAGAGAUGGCUUUUUCACAAGGUAUUGACACCCUUGCACCGGCAGUAUGCGGGCUGCUAGUGGGAAUGCUUUAUCGAUCUGAUGUGGGUCACAUAAAACAAUGGAGGUUCCAUCGAUCUUUUAAAUCAUUUGCAGUACAAUGGUUACGUCCCUGGUUGGCCUCAGCUCCCAUCGCACGUUCAACGAUGACCAUGCCAGUUCAGCAAACUUCAGCUGGAUUUGCCGUAGAUCGUCUUGUUUCAGCAGCUGGGCUGCGGAAUCGGCAGCCCCAAAGUACAGCAACUACCACCGAAGCGAAUUCAGUGCGGGCUUAUUUGGAUACACUGACAGGAAGUGCAGCAGUCGAAAGUAAUCUAGCCCCACUUUCAGAAGAACAUGUUGCAUUACUGUCCAAUAUGUUUCCUGAACAUCCACCCGAGACUGUGGAAAGAGCUUUAGCGGCUGCUAAUAAUGAUGUCAGUAGAGCUGUAGAAAUUAUGUUGAGCACACCUGCUCCUGAAGGGAGCAAUACUCAUUAA